UUUUUCACUCCUUCUGUCAAAUAAUAACUCAAGUCAAAUAUUUCUUGUCAAAAAGUCAAAACAAUAAAAAAUGUGAAUAACAUUGUUAACAAUUUCUUGAUAAUACCACGAUUGUUCUUUAAAAAUUUAUAGCUUUUGUCUAUCUUGUAUAUUCAAUAUAUUUAACGUUUAUCUCGAAAAUAGUUAUGAUAUUAAGAUGAAUUUCAUUCAAAGUGUAAUUGAUCGUCAGAUGGGCAUUUAUUGUCGCCUGAAUUACGAUAGUGUUCUGAAACGGUUGGUAGUGGAUGGGGAAGAAUCAUUUUAUGGACUACAAUACUCCCGAUAUUCAGCCGGCUUCGAUCAGGAUCCACCAAUAUUCGCUUGCCGAUUUGCAGAAGCUUCCGGUUACGAACACCUUCUGGCCCUUGCUAACGAAGAUGGGGGAGUUGCUAUUCAGGAUACAUCAAACGCCAGUGCUGCCAGCGAGUUGGAAAGCUUCCAGUGCCACAACAAUGCUGUGUUUGACCUGGCAUGGAAGCCAGGCUCUAUGAACUUUGUUACAGUGUCAGGUGAUCAUACAGCACGUCUUUGGGAUCUGUCUGACGGGACCCCAAAGCUCGAUCAGACAUUUUCAAGUCAUACGCGAUCAGUGAAAACUGCAGUGUUCCGUCCUACGGAACCAUCUGUGUUCGCGACCGGCGCUCGGGACGGACACAUACUCAUCUGGGACAUCCGGACCAGCAGCCAACCCACCGUCAUACUCAAACCCGAUAACUGUCUGAUGAAUUGCCAUUCCAGCUUCACUCCCAAAACUCCAGGCUCGCAUAGUAAGAGGCCACGUAUCGACCACCAAAGGGCCAUCAGCAUCACGGGGCUGGUCUUCCAAAAUGAUUUAACAUUAAUAUCCUGCGGCGAAUGCGACGGAAACAUAAAAGUGUGGGACUUGCGUAAAAACUACAAUAUCUAUAAGAGAGAACCGCUACCUAAACACUCGAUACCUUACUGCGGCAGCUCGACUAAGAACGGUUACACCAAUCUUAUAAUAGACGACGCCCAAACGAGACUCUACGCAAGUUGCAUGGACAACGUUAUAUACUGUUUCAACAUAUCAACAUACAACGCGUUGCCAGAGCAAAGAUACAUAGGGCACGAGAAUAGUACGUUCUAUAUCAAAACGAGCCUCAGCCCCGACUGCAUGUACUUGGUCAGCGGCAGCAGCGACAAGAAUGCGUACAUUUGGAACGUUAAAUACUCAGAACCGAUCGCAAAACUAGUCGGACACUGGGCGGAAGUGACGUGCGCGGCGUGGUGUCGCCACGGAGACACUAAGAUAGUGACAUGCAGCGACGACGCCAGGCACAAGAUCUGGAGGAUCGGUCUUGAGUUCCCCGACCCAGAUGUAGAGCUGAAGGGACACGCCGAAAACGUGCCUCGCAAGGAAGUCGCGUGUCUGCCGCAAUGGGGCUCAUUGGACAAGACUCCCAAUUCCUUGAAACGCAAGCUGAACACGACUCCGAAUUCUUACAGUGCGAAACGUUCGAGAACGCAUAUCUUGUCCGCCAGGAAAACGAAGCGAUGCCUGACCGAUCUGAUGAAUGCAUCCAAAGAUGGCGAGGAAUCGGAUACUGUUGUAAAAAGGUCCAAAUUAGACAUACCAACUAUUCCUGAAGAAGAUACAAAAUUGAUGCCAGCGGGAGUCAAACGCCACCAUGAUCGUACCGAAUACACGAGUCCUGUUAAACGACGCGCUGUGGAUUCAGACCCUUACUGUUCUAUGUCGAAUGACUGGAGUUAUAUGGGUGCCGCACCAGGUACCUCGUUUAUGACGCCGACAAAGAAUUUCGAGAAGAAAUCUUGUAAAAUUCUGUCACCUAAGAGUCCAAAGGUUAUAUCGCCUAGCAAAAUGCACAGGUCUCCGGUGAAAGUGUCUCCAAGUAAAGUUAGAAUAAUAUCAUUCACUACACCUACAAAGAAUCUGCCCAAUUUCGUGUUGGACGGAGAAGCGCCGCAUUUGAGGCUAAUGUCUCCGGUGAGGAAGAAACGAGAAACAGAUUGGUUAACGCUUAUGUCCCGGGAGAAGAAGGGGAAGAACGUAGAGGUAGAUAAAGUGAGCGCGAGUGCGCCACUCAGCCCGAUGGAGAAUAUUCCAGCGCGGCGCAAUUCCGCCACAGAGAAAACGCCCAAAAGCAAAAGUAGAACAUUAUUGAAAUAUUUCAGUGUAGCCACGAAGGGCAAGUGAAUAGUGUUAUUGCGUAAUUUUAUUCCUUAAGUACAAAGUGGACUGAUUCUCUAUUCCUAAUUUUAUUUUAUAACGUAUCUAUUUUUAAUGAAAAUGAUGAUCUUUGUUGAGUAGACGAACCGACCUGAAGUGUUGCAUUGUUUCUUAACAUUUUAUAUCUGACCUCUGUUUUAAUUAGAUGCUAUUAUAGGCUCUUAUUUAGCUUCGCUACACCGCUGUUCCAUCAAAGUGUUCGUAGCAAACAUAUUUCAAUGUAAACAAGUAUUUUAUAUAUAGACUUGUGAAAUCACAUUAUUAAAUCGUAUUUUAUACCUACAUGCCACAAUAUUACUUGUGAGAAUGG